AUGCCGGAAAUACCUUGUUCAUCCAUCCGCAUCGGUGAUUUUAUUAUGCUGGAGGGCAGGCCCUGCGAAGUUACCGCAAUCCCAACCUCCACCUCCACUACACGCGAGCAGCUUAGAUACCUCGGUGUCGACCUUUUCACUCACGAGACUCACGGUGAUACUCCCUCAACGCCGGAUCUGAACAUGCCAGGUGUUGUCUUUAGGUCCUACCAAGUCUUGGAUUUUUCUGAUGGCCAUGUCACUGGUAUGGAUGAUGAAGGAAAUGUUAAGCAAGGCAUACCCGUUAUGAAUAGAUCGAAUCUUUGGAAUCGAUUGAAUAAAGCGUUCGAAACGAGUGAAGGAAAGGUUCGGGCUCAAGUCGUCACUGAUCAAGGGCAGGAGCUUGUUGCGGAUAUCAAAAUUGUGAGUUAG